CGCCAUUAGUCCAAUUAAUUGGAUACGCUUUUCAUUUUUAUUGUUUUGUUGAUCAUUCAUUAUUAUUUAUUAAAACAGCAGAUAUAAAUUUUUGUCCUUUGGAUUCCAAGGAAAGAGAGUUUGGAUGUGACACAGGUUAGAGGUUAGCUUAGCAAAGUGAGAAUAAAAAUCAAAUGACCUAAUAGGAGUAUCCUUCCGUAAUCGAAGUGAAUAACCUAAUGGGAUUUCGAACAAUUUUACUAAUUAUACCUAUAAAAAGUAGAAGAAAAAUUCAAAAUUGCACAAAAAGUAGUUUUGCCUUUAUGGGAGGUCCUAAAAAUUAAACUGAAGUAGGAAUUAAAACGUUAAAUCCUCAUAGUCUGAUGCUGUUGUUCAUACCUCAAAUUAAAUUAAAUUAAAAAACCAGAUAUUUUUCUCGAAAAAAACACAAGUGUUUAAUCCAAGCUCCAAAUCAACUGCUAAUAACUUUAUUGAUGCUUAUCACAGUCACAUUACACAAUACAUGUGGUUUGGUUCUAUUAAACAACAGAAGAAAUUAAAUUAACUUAAAAGUUAGCAGUGCAGUAAAUGCAGUGGACGAGGCGGUGGAUUAUCGCCUGAACUGUGAAUUUUUUAUAUGAAAAAUAUUCCGAUUAAAAAGUUUGCCUCGAACUUACCUAGUAUCAUUUUUCGGUCUUAUUUAAUAUGACAACUUUUUCUGUGGCCCAGGAAGGGCCCCUGAAUGCGUUGGCUUUAAAUAGUACUAACACUCAAGUUGUUAUUGGAGGGAGAAAUGUGUUCAAAGUUUAUCAAAUUGAAGAAGAUAAAUUUCGAGAAAUAUGCAACUUGAGGACCUUGAAACAUCUCAAUUUGAAUUUUUCUUGCAAUGAUAUAACUUGGAGUCCAAGUGACGAUCAUUAUGUCGCAACUGCAGCAACAAACGGUCAUGUUUGUGUCUGGAACCUUACAAAAAUGGGAAGAGCCAUGCAGGAACAAGAUUACCAAGACCAUAAGAGAACUGUUAACAAAGUGAAAUUUCAUGCCACUGAGCCUUUUAAGUUGAUAUCUGGCUCUCAAGAUGGAACUAUGCGUUAUUUUGAUAUUAGAAUGAAAAAUGCUGUGUCAGUUUUUUACAGUAAUACUGAAAGUGUUAGGGACGUUCAAUUUUGUCCGCAUAACUCUUAUGUAUUUUCCGCUGUGUCAGAAAACGGCAGUGUUCAAUUAUGGGAUGUAAGAAAACCAGAUAAGUCACAACAUCAGUUUACUGCUCAUAGUGGUCCUGUAUUUGCUUGCGAUUGGCAUCCUGAAGCUACUUGGCUAGCUACAGCUAGUAGAGAUAAAACUAUCAAGGUGUGGGAAAUGACUGGAAGACCAACUCUAGAGUAUACCAUACACACCAUAGCUUCUAUAGGAUACGUGAAAUGGAGGCCUUCUCAUAAAUAUCAACUUGCUAGUUGCGCCCUUGUUAUAGAUUGCAGCAUUAAUAUUUGGGAUGUUCGAAGGCCCUAUAUUCCUUUUGCAUCCUUCAAUGAACAUAGAGAUAUUGCUAGUGGGGUGGCUUGGAGAGGUGACCCCAAUAUUUUUUUGAGUAGUGGAAGAGAUAAUGUGUUGUAUCAACAUUCAUUUAGCGAUGCUCAGAAACCAGCGAGUAAAGCUAAUCCUCAGGGGAUAACAUUGAAUACUAAAGGGGAAGUUGUGUAUUCUAAAAAAGUCAAUAAUACUAUUACAAGUACCAAUAGCUCUAGUCAGAAUUCUUUAAGUAAGGCAGUGGGACUAAUGCGAAAAAUCUCAACUUCUCAACCUAUAGAUGCCUUUCAUCUAGCGUGGAGUAGAACAUACAAUUUCAACCCUAAUAAUGUUGAAGAACAAGAAUCUUCAAUAUUUAUAAAGUUAGCCAAAAGUUAUAUUUUACAUGGAAGAAGCGUCUCUGAAUUGUGCGACCAUAAUUCUGCAGUAGCAACACAAUUUGGGAAAAACGAUAUAGCAGUUACUUGGAAAAUUGUUAAAACCAUGUAUGGGGAGGAAUUUGUACAGAACUCUAUGAAUAAUCCAAAGCAGGAGGAAGGUUCAUGUUCUGCCUUGGAAAUUCCAGAUGAACAAAAAUCGAAAGGCGCUGAAACCCCUGCCGCUCAAUUUAGCGGUGGCGAUGAAGAGACUGAGAAUGAAGAUCAAGUUGAUAACGCUUUUCCCAACUACCUCAAUGUUAGAAACGGCUGUUUACCUAGGGGGGAUUUCUUUUUUGGAGAAAAUGAACUGGAUGUUGAAUUAGACGGUGCUCCAAUUUUUAUGGAUUAUUAUCAAUAUGGCUACAGGAUGAACCCGACGCCCUCAGAACAAAUUGAUUGGACGGUGCCUAAUGAAGCUUUCCCUAUCCGACACGAGAUUUUGGACAGAUCACCACCUCCAGAACAAUUUCCAGACCAUCUUCACACAAUCAACUUACGGGAAGAACAAUCUGUACAAGUAAAGGUUGACGACCAAUUGCCAGGAAUGUUGGUUAACGUCAAACAAUGCAGCAAACCCAGUUGGGAUCCCAGCCCUAUUGUUAUACAAACCUUACAUCAUUAUGCUACUCUUGGCGAUAUUCAGACUGUUGCCUGUAUAUUGCUUGUUCUUGGCGAGAGUAGAAAAUAUUUGGCAGGACUAAGUGAAAACCUGCAAGAGCACUGGCUUUUGGGCUACAUCGAACUGUUAAGCAAAUACAGACUCUGGAACAUAUCGAAUCAAGUCAUCAAGCUCGCUUGGCUGCCAAGUGUAAGCCAGCUAAACCAAAUGAGCACGACCAUGAAUACGAACUGUGGCAAAUGCAUGAAACCAUUGCAGAGAGUGGGCUGGUUAUGCGAUAGGUGCCACACAUCAGAAAAUGCACUUUGUAGUAUUUGUCACCAGGUGGUCAGAGGCCUUUAUGUCUGGUGCCAAGGGUGCUCCCACGGUGGACACAUUGGUCACUUGAAGCAAUGGUUGGCCCAAAAACGCGUUUGUCCUACUGGUUGUGGUCACAUGUGUGAAUACAUUGACAACUGACAAUUUACCAUAUUAACUAUUAAGAAAACCGAAGAGGAAUAAAUCUUCAGCAGAGGCUAGUAAAUAGGACAAAUCGUUGAACAGGGUGAGAAUUAAUUCAAAAUGAGUUUUUUUUUGAACAUCUAAGUAGGUUAAUGUUGCAUUAGUUUUAGUACAAUUCCUAUUGAACAUAAGUAAUUUUGAAUCUGAUUAGCUGAUAAAUAUUGAAUCUAGGUAGGUUAUUACUAUAGUGUUGUGAAAUACAAGGCAUUGUUAAAGCAAUUUUUGAAUAAUCUAGGCUGUGUAGGUAAAGACUGCCCACUUAACAAUAGGAUGCAGAGAAAAACCAAAAACGUGCAAAAGCAGUUGGCAUUGUGUCAAUAAAUAUGAUUUAAAAAAGUUUCUGUUGGGCUUACACAGUAAAACGGUUGUGAAUCGCUUUUCGUAAAGUUUUAUUUUUUUUCUGCUCUCCUUUGCCUGGUGAUUCUAUCUGAGGCAAACUUCGAUUGAAUAUAUGUGAAGAUCGCAGACCUUUUUAUUGUAUUUAGCUGUGAAACGCUGUAUACCUCGAUGUGAUUGAAUAUACGUAAGUUAAUACAUUCACAUACAUAUCAAUUCUGUAAUUGUUUUAUGUAUGAAAGUGAUUACUCGAAUGAAUAGUUAUCCUUUAGAAAGUACACCGGCCAACAAGAGCCUAAGUUUUCAAUUUAUGUUAACCUCGAUCUUCAGAAUUUUGAUACCAUCAUAUGGGUACUAGAAUAUUUUGGUUUGGAAACAAAAUUUAGGUAUAGAAAAAUUCAUGAUUAUUCAGAAAAUACGAUUCAUUGUAUUUAUUCUUGACAAUUCUAUGUAUUAGUUUAUUGACUACACGAAAUUACAUUGUACGGAAACGCCACAGUGGUGUCGACCCAAGAGUGAUUUUACAAGAUUUCUUGGGUGAAUAAUUUUGUAUAUAUAGCGGGUAGUUUGUAAGUUGCAGUCUGUUUAAAUAUAUGUCGGUAAGGCUCGUGGGGGGGUAAUUUGAUUGUAAUUGUAUUUGUUUUUUUCUGCAUUAAGGAUUUUUUUUUUAAUGACAAAAUAGAGGCCUGGCAAGGCUAGUAAUUCAUACUUAAGCUCAAUGUGGAGAAAAAUGAACGGAAUACAGCAGUUGAAAGUUAAAUAAAGAGGGAAGAUCUAUUUAUUCAUUUACAGUAAAGAUUUGAAUCUCAACAAAAACAUAUUUUUUCGAUUUUUUUCAAGAUCUUCUUCAGGUUUCCAAGUAUUACGUCAUUGCACAAGGCAUCAUCAUAAUAUUGUGUUGGUAAAUAAAACGAUCUAAAAUAGUUUGGUACAAAGGCUGUACUCAUUGAGCUUCAGUUUGCAGUACUUACGUUGCCAGUACUAUAUAGUGAUAAAAUUUCUUGGAAAAGUUCUUAUAGUUGAAAUGUUAGAAAAGCAAAAAGAUAUCCAACCAAGUGCUAGUCGUUUUAUACAAGUUUUGUGUUCAAGUCACUGUACAUAAAAUAUUUUAGAGAUUUUAAAACUUAUUAUAAUGUAUGUGUUUUCAGAUUGAGGCUGUGAAACUUUAGAACCCUGGUUAUUUUUUUAUCAGGUAUAAGAUUUAUAUAUUAUUAGUAUUUUCAUGAUCCUACAUAAUAUGUAACUUACAGCUCACUAGGACUAGGAAAUUAUAUUGUUUCCGUACCCAUUAUAAUUUCAUUGACGCAAUGGUAAAAAAUUAUAAAAAUAAAUAAAACUAUAUUAGUUCUUCUGGCGAAUUGCGUCAUUGCUUUUGAUCUCAUGCAAAUCUAUGACGCAAGGUGAAAUAUUCGCCGGUAUUACUAUACUAGUCUUUUUUAGUUUAUAUUUCAAUUAUUUGGUACAUAUCUAUGUUUUCAAUAAAAUAGAGUUUUUGAUAAUGUA